AUGUCCUCGUCUCCCACCAUCAUUCAGGCUGAUGUCGAACUGAUGGUUCCGGCCUACAUCAGCAUCAGCAUCAUCAGCAUCAUCAUACCAGGAUUCCUCAGAGAGAUCACAUCACGAUGCCGGCCAGAGGCUGAAAGCACCUCGCCGCCUCGUCAAAUAACACUCGUUGGUUGGGGGCCAGUCCUAGCCAGUCGAGCCAGUCCACCCAUGACCCUACCCGUACAUAUGCACACUUUACAAAUAGCUCUCUGUCCUCCAUUUCUCACACACCCUCCUCUUCCUCUCAUCACCAUCACCUCACUCCAAAUUCACUCACUACUGCUACCUCACACCCCGCACCUCGCACCUCACACCUCCCCGUCUCACUCAAACCCAACAGCGUCAUUCGUGGCGACGACCAAGACGUUGAUUUACGGUAAGCCAACCGCCAUGUCAAUAUCGCCAAUCGAUCAGUACCCGCUAGGGAUCCCCAGCCGCGAACAAGUUCUCGCAACCAAUCGUCUGGCGCUGCUCCGCUCAACAUUGAAACAACCUCAGCGCCGCAAGACCCACAAUAUGGUGCAAGCUGUAACGAGCCUGUUUGAAACUAAAGGCUUACGAGCGGCCACAACUCCGAAGAGAGCAGAGAACAGUGGCUCCUUAGCUUUGGGGCAUCACAUCAGCAUCAUCAUCGGCACUGCACCCACCACCAUACGGAGGGAAACAAAAAGCUGGCAUCGACAAGCAAGUGCAGGCAUCGAAUGA